AUGCUGGUCCGUCAAGUUUGUGUCGCUUUAGCGAUUGCAGCUCUCUCCGGUGCCGUCCCGGCCCCAGUGAAGCAUGUCUUGCAUGAGAAACGGAACCUGCAUGUCGACUGGGUAAAAGGCGACCGGGUUAAGCGUGACUCUGUGCUACCUGUGCGCAUUGGUCUUACUCAAAACAAUUUGGAAAAGGGCGAGGAGUAUCUCAUGGCAGUCUCCGACCCAAGCUCUCCGAAAUAUGGACAGUAUUGGUCGGCAGAGGAAGUGCAUGAUGCUUUUGCUCCCUCGAAAGAUGCCGUUGAGUCCGUUCGUCGAUGGCUUGAGUCCUCUGGCAUUCAUGAGUCCCGCAUUGUUCACUCAGAUAACAAAGGAUGGCUGGCUUUUGAUGCCUAUGCACAUGAAGUCGAGACGCUAUUCAAGGCUGAGUUCUACGAACAUCAGCAUGCGAGCACCUCCAGCUUGAAAAUUGGCUGUGAUGAAUAUCAUGUCCCGGAACAUAUCCAAGGACACAUUGACUACAUGACGCCGGGAGUCAAGCUCAGCGCAAUUGUCAAGAAGAGCACGCUGGCAAAGCGAGCGUCGCAAUUGGCUCAUUCUAAGGAAAGUGUCGAAACCGAUUCCAUCGCCGCAGCCAAGGUGAUUCCCGCCAAUGCUUUGACCCUUCCAGCAGAGCUUCAGUCCUGCGGAUCCGACAUGACUCCGGCUUGCAUCAAGGCCUUAUAUGAUAUCCCAGAUGCCACCAAGGCUCAUAAGGACAACUCGCUCGGUCUCUACGAGCAGGGCGACUACUUCGCCAAGUCGGAUAUUGACCUCUAUUAUAAAGCCUACGCUCCUCAUAUCCCGCAGGGCACCUAUCCCAUUCCGGCCUUGAUUGAUGGUGCAAACUUCUCAGUGCCUGCGUAUAGCUCGCUGAAUACCGGUGAAUCCAACAUUGACAUUGACAUGGCUUAUUCCCUGAUCUAUCCUCAAUCUGUCACUCUGUACCAGGUCGAUGACCAGGUCUAUGAGCCGAUCGAGGUUGCAACCACUAACUUGUUCAACACUUUUCUUGAUGCUCUCGAUGGCUCAUACUGCACGUACAGUGCUUUCGGCGAAACUGGCAACAACCCAAAGAUUGACCCAGUAUAUCCCAACCCGCAUCCCGAUGGAUACAAAGGAAAACUCCAAUGCGGCGUCUACAAGCCCACAAAUGUAAUCAGCGCCUCCUACGGCCAAGCCGAGGCCGACCUUCCAGUUGCCUACACAAAGCGGCAAUGCAACGAGUUCCUUAAACUCGGCCUACAAGGCCACUCGAUCCUCUUCGCCUCCGGCGACUACGGCGUAGCCUCCUUCCACGGCGACGGCUCCGAGAACGGCUGCCUCGGACCCGAAGGCAAGAUUUUCAACCCCCAAUACCCAUCUAACUGUCCCUACGUGACCUCCGUCGGUGGUACGAUGCUCUACAAAGACCAGACGGUCAAAGACGCCGAGAGCGUCAUGCAUGCAGACCUGGGUGGCAACGCUGCGAAUUUCAGCAGCUCGGGCGGGUUCUCGAAUUACUUCCCGCAGCCUGCAUACCAGAAGUCUGCUGUGGAGAAGUACUUCAAGAAGGCCAAGCUAACGUACCCGCAUUACUCGGAGAUGGGCGUCAAUCUCAACAAGACAAAGGGUCUUUACAAUCGCAUUGGGCGGGCUUAUCCUGAUGUGUCCGCUAACGGGGCGCUCUUCCCUGCGUAUACGGGUGGAACGCUCCACCAUUACUAUGGUGCUAGUUUAGCUUCGCCUUUGUUUGCUUCUGUGCUGAGCUUGAUUAACGAGGAGCGUCUUGCUAAGGGCAAGGGCCCUGUUGGGUUUGUGAACCCGGUGCUUUAUGCCCACCCGGAGGUUCUCAAUGAUAUCACCAAUGGUACAAAUGUUGGAUGUGGCUCUGAUGGGUUCAGUGCUAUUGCGGGAUGGGAUCCAGCUACCGGAUUGGGUACGCCGAACUACCCCAAGUUGAAGAAGCUGUUCCUUUCUCUGCCUUGA